AGGAAGAGGAGGAGGAGAAGGCGGAGGAGGGUGAGACCGCAGGGGAUAGAAUAGGGAUAGCCGGAGGUAUAAAAUGCACGGGGCAGUUUGCUUUCAUAGCUCGAGGUGCACAUUCACAGGACAUCCUUCUGAGGGACUUUACCCGCUUUCAAGUGCUUCCAGAUCCGGAGUUUGGAUUUUAAUUCGGAUGUGUCCAGAAGUGGACGAGCCUUAAAUCGAAGUUGAAUUAUUGGAUACAUUUGGGGAUUUGUCAAUCAAGAUCCGAAGCAGGGGCAGGACACUGAACUUGAUUCUUGGCUCAUUUUCUAAUUUUCCAUUGAACUUUUGAUGUCCUAUCAAGAUUGCCUCAGAAGUGCAAUGAGCAGCAGCUGUUGAAGCAGGCUGUGUUCCAUUCUCUUUUGGCUUCAUGCCUCUGCCGCAUAUGAUUUGGUGAUUUAUUUUUAAUUGUGUCAUAUGGAUGACAAAGCCGCCGUCGUUGCACGGAGCUGGACUUUCUCCCACCUAAUGGAAAAGAACUGGAUCCCCAAGUUGUGAGGACCAUGGGUGGAGGGGGGGUGGGCGCCCCGCAAAUUGUUUGUACUUUUCCUCGAAAACAUCCUUAGCCGAAACCAUCAUGUGAUUUAGUGCAAAGCCAUAACAUGAGGACUGAUAAUAACUGCUUGAAGAGGGUGAGCAGGAAUCUGGAGGAAAGUGAUUUGAAACAUUUCCUUUAAUGCGGUAAUAAAUGAGCCCCGUCUCGCCUCCCGGAUCCACAGAGGGAGGUUUUCCAUAUAUGUUGUUUCCACUCCAGCAUCACUGUUGACAUUACAAGCAGCUUGUUGGCCCGCUUCUCGCCGCGUCUCGGACGCAAUUCCAUGCAGUCUCCCACCUGUCAGACUGAUUCCCUGGCUAAGCUCCGGUGAGAACGCUCGUUUGCCAGGCGGCCCGGCCCGCGCCCACCCGGGUCGGCUCGGCCUUCCUUUUCUAAGACCCGACCCGCGCCAUCAUGGAUAUACAAGGCAUGGAGCUGUUUGCCAUCGGCGUGGUUAUCAUUCUCUUCAUGACAGUUCUCAAGCAGUUUGGCAUACUGGAACCCAUGUCCUCUUUUGAAGACAGCAGCGACAGCGAUCUGGAGCUAUCCACGGUGCGUCACCAGCCGGAGGGUCUGGACCAGCUUCAGACUCAGACCAAGUUUACCCGGAAGGAGCUUCAGUCGCUCUACAGAGGCUUCAAGAAUGAGUGUCCCAGUGGGUUGGUUGAUGAGGAGACAUUCAAGACCAUCUAUUCUCAGUUCUUUCCUCAAGGAGACGCGACCACGUACGCUCACUUCCUGUUCAACGCUUUUGAUAUCGACCGGAACGGUUCGAUCCGCUUUGAGGACUUUGUCAUCGGCCUGUCGGUUCUGCUUCGAGGAUCGGUCACAGAAAAGCUCAACUGGGCUUUUAAUCUAUAUGACAUCAACAAAGAUGGCUACAUCACAAAAGAGGAGAUGCUGGCAAUAAUGAAGUCCAUCUACGACAUGAUGGGCAGGUAUACUUACCCAUGUGUGCGAGAUGAGGCUCCGUCCGAGCACGUGGACAAGUUCUUCCAGAAAAUGGACAGAAACAGAGAUGGUGUUGUGACCAUUGAAGAAUUCAUCGAGACCUGUCAGAAGGAUGAGAACAUCAUGAACUCCAUGCAGCUGUUUGAGAACGUAAUCUAAGGCUUCAGGUUGCUCAAAGAGCGUAUUUUUUCAUUCAGAACACAAACACAGCACACUCAUCACUCAUUCCUGAAAUACCAAAUAGAAGACACCUUUGGCACUUCAUGUAAGUUCAGACACAGAGGAUUUUUCUUCUUUUAGUUCUUCUCACUCGCAGCCACCGAAAAGGACCACAAUGGACACGACAUGAGCUUCCUGUAGAGACUGCACAACCUUUUUCUGUGUCUCAAAUAAAGCCCCAAAAAGACUUUUGUCACCAAAGUGAAAGAAGAGAUCAUCACCAAAUGAAAGACACAAGAUUUAGGCUUCACAGUUUCCUUUCAUUUGGACGUCCUCACCCGCUAAAGGAUGGAAACUAAAAAAGGGGAAAAAAACAUGUUUGUCACGUGGAAUUAGCUCGUGCUAUGACUUCAUGUUUAUGUGGGUUGGAAAACUAAGAAGUGUCAAUGUGAGGGGAAAUUUCUGUACAUAUAUCGUGUAUGUAAGGCUGCUGGAAACCAAAUCAAUCUGGAUAAAGUGAUAUUACUCUUUGAUGAUGAUUUUUAGCAAAAGCACCUCACAGAAUUAAAGCAGAUUGCGUUGUGUUCUUUUGUAUUGAAUGAAGGUUACAUUUCAAAUUGUAGGAUGGGGCGAGUCUGUGCAGUACUGUGAAGAAUGAGGUCUGUAAAUGUGGGUUUUUAUAUGCUGAAUGAAGGCUUUAUGUUGGUUCUUCACUAUCUACUCGCAUGCUGACUAAGUGCCACAGUGUAAUAGUACAGUCGGACCUUUGUGACGUGGGUUAAUAAAGAUGCAGUCGACUGCUGUGACCUCGCC